AGCGCGGCAGCGCUCCAGGGAAAGGCCGGACGUUACCGCGGUUUGCAGCGGGGAGCAGAUCCCGCUCGCAGAGACUGCGGAGCGCGGUGGCCCGAGGGGAGCAGGCAGAGCCGGCAGGGACAACAGCCCCGCGCUGACGCGGUGAGCUCACAGGGCGGUCCCCGAGGCGGGGGCGGGGGGCGGGGGAGGUUGUAGUUCCGGUUCCGUCACCCAGACACGUGAAGGUCGGCGAGUCGGUUCUUUGCUCGCUUCGGCCCGCGUGGUCGUGCCGGGAUGGAGUCCUCCUCGUCCUCUUCGGGCUCGGCUUUGGCCGCCGUGGACCCUCAGCUGCAGCAUUUCAUCGAGGUGGAGACACAGAAGCAGCGCUUCCAGCAGCUGGUGCACCAGAUGACGGAACUUUGCUGGGAGAAGUGCAUGGAUAAGCCUGGGCCUAAGUUGGACAGUCGGGCUGAGGCCUGUUUUGUGAACUGCGUUGAACGCUUCAUUGAUACAAGCCAGUUCAUCUUAAAUCGACUGGAGCAGACCCAGAAGUCCAAACCUGUCUUCUCAGAAAGCCUUUCUGACUGAUCUCAGCAUUACCUCUUUGGAAAAGUAGUUCAAGAAGGGAAGAGCUGCUGCUGAGGCGGUUAAAGAAAUGGCUAUGGGGGGAUUAACUCCCAAUUCUCUUCAUCAUCUUGGGACAUAUUGUCACCUGAGAAUGAACAAAGACCAAUUUUUAUGUAUGGGAGUUGAGAGUCACGUGUAUUCGGUUGUGUUUUUUAAGCUAACUGUGUGGUAAUAAUUUAGAUAAAUGGAAGUAUGAGACACGUAUUGCUGUGUAUUGGGACGGCGCUUUCUCAAGGUCCCUUAUUAACUACUUUAUAGAAUUUGGACAGUGGAACUGCUUUCUAGAAUUGGAUAGUGGGACCACGUAGGGUGAAUCUCGAUUUGUAUGGGUUUAUAUCUGAAUUUUUUAGGGAGAGCUUUAUGGCAGAAAAAUUGGCAAUGGGGAAAUACCCUGGCACUGAUGAACUGUGAGCUUUCUCACAGUUUGACUUAGAGCUGAAAAAAAGUCCUAUGGAGGAUUCAUAUAAUCCACCUUCUUAGGUUGUCCCUCUGCCCUAUACUGUGACUUACUUAAAUGUCAAAUUGAAAAUACGGUCUCAAGGUAGAACAGGGCGUGAGAAUCCAGGGCUUUAGUCAUAUAGGAACCUAGUUCAUGAACAUUGUUCUUAUCACCAGACAGCCACAGGAAGAAGUUAACUUACUUCGUAUAUCAGGAUACAAAACAUUCACAGAUGUGCCUAAAGAAAUAACGACUUAGGCCAGUUUAAAACUAACAACAGAUUCAGGUAGAGGUGCAUGCCUGAAUGUUAGUCAUAAAUUCCAUUAACUGCAUUCUUUUGGUCACGGAAAUAAAAGCUCGCCAGAUCAACUU